GGGCUCACCCCAGCUCUGCACAGCACUGCCCAGAGGCCCCGCUGACUCCUGCCAGCCUCCAGGUCCCCGUGGAACCAAAGCUGAACAUGGACGUGACCAUCCAGCACCCCUGGUUCAAGCGCACUCUGGGGCCCUUCUACCCCAGCCGGCUGUUCGACCAGUUUUUCGGCGAGGGCCUUUUUGAGUAUGACCUGCUGCCCUUCCUGUCCUCCACCAUCAGCCCCUACUACCGCCAGUCCCUCUUCCGCAGCGUGCUGGACUCCGGCAUCUCCGAGGUUCGAUCCGACCGGGACAAGUUCGUCAUCUUCCUGGACGUGAAGCACUUCUCCCCAGAGGACCUCACUGUGAAGGUGCAGGAGGAUUUCGUGGAGAUCCACGGGAAGCACAAUGAGCGCCAGGACGACCACGGCUACAUUUCCCGGGAGUUCCACCGCCGCUACCGCCUGCCGUCCAAUGUGGACCAGACGGCCCUGUCCUGCACCCUGUCUGCUGACGGCAUGCUGACCUUCACUGGCCCCAAGAUCCAGACUGGCCUGGACACCACCCAUGGCGAGCGAGCCAUCCCCGUGUCGCGGGAGGAGAAGCCCAGCUCUGCUCCCUCGUCCUAAGCAGGCGUCUCCUGGGCCGGCUCCCCCCGCAGCCCAGGCCCGUCGUCGGGGGAGCACCCUGAGGGCAGGGUGUCUGUCUUCCUUUCUUCCCUGUUUUUCCUUUCCACCUUCUCAGAUGGAAUGAGGGUUUGAGAGAGCAGCCUGGAGAGCUCAGGGUCUCAGGAUGUCCCAGACCCCUCCACCGGCCAGUGGCGGAAGUGACCGCACCUCACACUCCUUUGGAUAGCAGCCUGGCUCUGCUGAGGGGCCGGGAGGAGGGGGUGACCUUUGGCCAGGUGCUCCCAACAUGAGGCAGCUUCCCUUCGCCUCGGGCCCUGCCCACACCUCCCGGGGCGCGUGGCCGUGGGGCUGGGCUUCCCCUCCGUGCGUCUGUGCUCUCGCAGCCUCUUCUCUCAGACUGUCUCCCUCCAGCCCCUCCAUGUAGUGCCUGCCACUCUUGGGUACAUGGGAUGCCCAGGAGCGUGCAGCCCACGGCAGUCAAUAAAGAGCAGGUGACACAAGCAA